UAAAAACCCCUUCCCCGUCGCACAAAAACCCUCCUGCGUUCGAUCUCGGAGUAGGUUCGGAAAAUUUUUAGCGCAUACAACAAAAGUAGCGAAAGAAGCGAAAUUUAGGGCGCGGCGGCGACGACGACGACGACGACGACGAUCCCCUCGUUUUCGCCAUGGGUUUCCUCGAGGAUUUCCAAGCAAGCCUUGAAGCCUUGCCAGCUAUGCUACAGCGCAACUAUUCACUGAUGCGAGAUCUGGAUAAAAGUUUGCAAGCGAGACGUUUUCAGGCUUGGUGCCUGCAUGUUUACCCUAUUUUCCUUGUUUCUACAUGGAGGUGUCCAGCAACAGAAUGAGCAGCGGUGCGAGCAGGAAAUAGAGGAAAUUAGACGGCAACUUGAGUCGGGUAUUGCAACAUCUAGUACUUCAAUUUCCCGAUAUUCCGAUGAAGCUAUUGACGAACAGAAGCAUUGCGUCAGAAUUGCUGACGAGAAGGUGGCUUUGGCUACUCAAGCUUAUGAUAUGGUUGAUGCACAUAUCCAACAGCUCGAUCAGUAUAUGAGAAAGCUUGAAGAACUUCGACAGGAAAGAGAGCUUGCAGCAGGGGCAACUGCUGCUGCAGGUGCUGGAACUUCAAAUACUGAUGCUGUUACAAGAUCCGGAAGGACUAGCGAAAGGGGCAGAGGGGGACGAAAGAAGACAAAAUUAGCAGCGGAGGCACCACCUAUAGAUUUGGAGUUGCCGGUGGACCCCAAUGAACCGACAUACUGUCUCUGCAACCAAGUUAGCUUUGGGGAGAUGGUUGCGUGCGACCACCCCGAUUGCAAGAUAGAGUGGUUUCAUUUUGGAUGUGUUGGUUUAAAAGAGCAACCGAAGGGGAAGUGGUACUGCCCUAACUGCAUCGGAUUGCAGAAGCGCCGGAAAGGUAAAUAAGCGCUUAAUUUCCUACCAAGAAGCACUAUACUGGUUGAUUUGUAGUAGGAGAUGCUGAUUCCUUGGUUCAUGAAUUUUAGUGUUUUCUCUAUGAUAUAAUGAUAUACAUGGAUGGAUAAGAGGGGAGAAAUGAUGUAGUAGCUAGAUAACUAACAUGUUCUAGAGGAAACUUUUGUAUAUAAAAAAAAAAAAAUUGCCUUAUGAUGUUUCCUUUUUUCUUUUUCUCAUGAAGAUUCUUUUGUUUGAUUGCAAAGUUUGGAGUUCGAUUUUAGCUCCUUGGAA